AUGAGUGUUAGAUCAUUGAGAUAUUCGCAGAAUAGUAUGAGGAAAAACAAAACCGAACCUGACAAGCUUAGCAGAUUCUAUCCGAAUGAUAUGAGAGGGCCAUUUAAAUACGAACCUCUUUAAAAUAUUGCACAUCCAAUAUAACCGGAGGAUGAUAUUUCAAUAAAAGAUCCAACUCUGAAAACAGUAGACAAAUCGAGGAUUUCUCAAUCUUUUUAUCAAAAUAACUCUCCGCAAUUGAGCUUUAGAUCGAGGACUCAAAAAAGCGAACCUGAAGAGAGUCCAUUUGUUUUAAGUUUUCCACCGAAAUAGCUGGAGAAUAUGCGCAAAAGAACCAAGAGCAGAUAAAUAUUUAACUUUGUCGAGAGAUUGAGAAGAAAGUUCAGAAUAGACAACAUGGCUAAGAAAUUUUAGUACUUAUACGAUUAGGAAAACAAUUUCGUAGACUACAGUUGUAAUUAUAAUAUGAUAAAAAGAGGGACCUUAUUGCCAUCCUCCAGAAUACUGCAAAGUUGGAAUGUGGCCUUCUAUAUUUUGUUGCACGUGAUACUGGUUUUUGUCCCUUUGUCUACGGCCUUGGAAAUCCAGGACAUAAAUUACGUCUGCGUGGGGUUCAAAUUAAUAGAUGUCGGAAUUCAGUUAUGCAGUUCGUUCACUCAAAAUGGAUUAUUGAUAACGAAUUUCAAAUAAAUAUCGCUUAGAUACUACAAAUCGUUUUUGUGUUACGAUGCUAUUACAAUAAUAGGAUUUGUAUUCUUGAACACACUGCCCUAAUCGAUUAAAUAUAGUGUACUUACACUGAUAGUUGUCAGUUAAAUACGGAGGUAUUAUGAGAUAGAGGUGUUUUUAAAAUUGUAAGUGCCUGAUUUAAUAUUUAGUGAGUAUAACUUGUUCUCUCCUCCUUUGUAAAUCAUAAACAGCAUUAUUAAGAUAGUCCUGCUCAUUCACAUCAUCACUUGUUAUCAAUACGGGCUAUUUUAUCACAGCAAUUCGUUAUUUGAUUCUUAUUUGUCUACCUUCAGUAUAGUGAUUUCUAUUUACACUUUCAAUUCGAAUUACCUACCCAACGGUUAGAACGAAAUGAUAUUUUACAGUUGCGUUGCCUUUAGUUCAGUCCUUAGUUUCGCUUAUUUAUUGACUCAGUGUCUAUAUCUGUUUAAGAAUGCGAGGUUCGCUACUCAAUUGAGUGAGUUUUUGGCUAUCAAUAAAUUGGAUUCGAAUUUGAAGUGCAAAAUCAUCAACCAUAUUUUGAAUCAACCUAAGUUUUACCACAAUUAGUUUGUAUCAAAAUUAUCAGGACAAUUGCUUCAGGAAUUCAAUACGAUUUAGAGAUUCCAAUUGCUUACUAAAUAUUUUAAAUACUACAAUCAGCACACCAUAUAGACUUUAAUCAAUUUUAGCGAAGAUGUUAUAUGUCAACCAAAUCAGAUAAUCGUAACAGAAUCUGAAUAUGACGAUUGUUCGUUGUACUUUAUAGUGGAAGGCAAUUUUAAGGUCGUCAACAAGAUGGGAGUCCAACUCUAAAUUUUGGGACCAGAAUAAACGUUUGGUGAAGUCUCAUUUUACACUCAAUUGCCUCGAUCUGCCACAGUCGUAAGUGAAGGAGUCUGUAGGUUGUUGAGAAUAAGGAGAGAUAUCUUCCUAAAACUCUUGACCUUCAGUGAUAAAUAAUAUUUCUACAGCAUGAAGGACAGAAUCCUCAUACAUAAAGAUUUGCCAUGCCAAUGUUUUUGCUGUUCCUCUUAUGAUCAUUUGAUAACCAAAUGUCCAUUGCUAACAUUUAGACCAGACAGAGAAAAGGUGAUUAAAUCACUUAUAUAUCCCCGAAGAAAUUUGAGACAAGAAUAUAAACGGAGAACAGUCAAGGAUACCAGGGCUUAUGAAUUUGUAAAGGAUGUAGAAGCAAACCAAGAUUACCUGUUAUAAUUGUAUUCGGAUAACCAUUUUCAAUCCUCAAAUCAAUUUAGCCAGUCAAAUUUGCCAUAUGAUGAUGUGUACAUCAAGGAGAGUUAUGCAUCUGCUCAAAGUUUUAGUAGAGUCAGCAGAGAGAAAUCGCUCUUGAAAAGUACUUCCCUAAUGAGAGAGAAAUCAUUACAUGACUAAUAAUAAUCUAUCAUGAAUGAUGUCAACUUAGACACGACUGAUAAGUAAUACAUCCAACAUUAAGGGGAAAUGGAUGACGAGAAAUUCAUCAGUCUGGUGAGGAAGGAUUAAUAGAAGAAUACUUUUGCAACUGCUGGAUUUGGAAAUGCUGGAUAAUAAUCUAUUAAAGAUUAGAAAUCAUUGAACAUCAUCGUGGAGAAUGAAAGCUCAGAGAAUUCCCCAUCUUUAGAAAAUGCUUUGGAUUUGACUAAUUAAUUACAGAGAAAUAAAGAUCCGAAAUUAACAUUCAAUUACAACUUCGAUAAUCAGAUGAAUGAUUUACAGAACAAGUAUCAACAAUAUUAAAGAAAUGCCACUGAAUCAAAUCAUUCAAUGAUGCGAUAAGAUAAUCGACAACCCUCCAUUCGAUAGAACUCCUCCAGAUCUCAAACCUAUAGUCCGAUCACAUCAAAUAAUAUCACUGCCAAUUCAUUUAGAUCCCAAAUGAAAUAAAAUGAUAAUACACAAUCAGCUUCAGGUCUUCAUAGGAGAUCCAUAUCAGGAGUGGCUAGAUAGUAUACUGACAGUCCAGAAAUCUAAAGUAGAAGAGGAACCAAUCGAAAAAAGUCAACCAAAACAGGAACGAAGAUCUCGAUAGCUCAUUCGCAGUUUCAACCAUUCAGUGCAUUCGAUAAUCCUGUGGGCUUUACACUUGGAGACAGUGAUUUUGAGAAGCUGUACUUAUUCGAAAUCUAUCUGCCUUACAACAAUUAUGAUAUUGUGAUCUUCAAAUUCAAUCAGUUUAAUAGGAGUAAACAAUUAAAAAGACUCUCUAGAUACUUCUUUUCGUUCAAGUUAGCCCAGUAGAUCCAAAAAUUGAAAGCCAAAUAGCACAAUACAAUUUAGAAUUGA